AUGACCACUCCAGCCCCAAGCCAUGAUGGGAGAAAAUCCGUCCUGAUAACGGGCUGUACACCGGGUGGAAUUGGGUAUUCCCUUGCGCUCGAGUUUCACUCACAUGGUUAUCGUGUCUUUGCUACCGCCCGUUCGCCCUCCACAAUCUCCUCUCUGGCUACCCUAGGUAUCGAGACACUGGCCCUUGAACUUCAUGAUCCCCAAACCAUUACAUCAUUGCAGUCCCAUAUUCGUUCUCUCACCAAUGGUCGCGGGCUCGAUAUUCUGGUCAACAAUGCAGGAAAGAAUAACAUCAUGCCCGCACUGGAGCUAGAUAUGGAUGAAGUGCAGAAAACGUUCGACGUGAAUGUCUUUGGGGUUAUGAGGAUGUGUCAGACGUUUGGACCAAUGGUCGUACAAGCAAAGGGCAUUAUCGUCAUGAUUGGGAGCUUAGCAGCAGUCACGCCUUACGUGUUUGGGAGUUCUUAUAACGCUUCGAAAGCGGCAGUGCACGCUUACAGCGAUACCCUAAGGGUGGAGCUUGAACCCUUCGGCGUCCGUGUGAUCACAGUCAUCACGGGCGGAGUCAAGAGUAACAUCUCGAGAUCCGACAGGCGUCUGAGCCAAGAUUCCCUUUAUCUGCCUGUCGAAGCUGAGUUUGAGCGAAGGCUCAAGUACAGCCAGGAAGGGGCAAUGGCGACUACUGAAUACGCGAAAUCAGUCGUCAACCACCUGCUGAGGAAGCAACCAAAGAAGUAUAUUUGGCAGGGGAACAAAUCUUGGUUGGCAUGGUUCGCGUACACAUUUCUUCCGCGUCGUGUUAUGGACCUUUACAUGUACAGAGUAUUCAACCUGUGGAAACUCAGGACUAAUCACUCAGUUACCGACAAGAAAAAGCAGACUUGA